AUGUCUAACUACAUCGCUUCGGCACAGAAGCCGACGGUGGUAAAUGGUGCGGAAGUGGGGAGAUUCAGAAAUGAAAAGGAAUUGGAUCUGAUCAUUGCAAGAAUCAAUCGAAUCGAACUGUUGCUUGUUACAGAAGAAGGGUUGAAACCUCACAGGGAGAUUCCUAUUUUUGGUAGAAUCGUUAUUAUUAGAUCAUUUAAACCACUGGGAGAAGUAUGUUUGGGUUUCUUCAUUAAUUCAGUUUUAGAACAAAGAUUUACUUCUAAUCGUCACCAGUAAGUACCAAGUUUCAAUUUUGGCGUUUGAUGCCAAUGGAGAAGUUAUAACUAGAGCUUCCGGAAAUGUUGCCGACCGCGUAUUCCGUCCAGCCGAAACGGGAAUUUUGAUAAGCAUUCAUAAGAGCGGGGCAAGUAUAUUAUAAUAGUCGUAUUAACCCAUUUUUUAGUUGAUUGCUCUGAGAUGUUACGAAGGAAGUCUGAAGAUAAUUAAAUGGAACAACAGCGGAAAUUUGGUAUCCUUCAAUCUUCGGCUGACCGAUGUUCAAGUGACAGAUUUCGGUUUCCUGGAUACUCCUGGGAGUAAGUCAAUGUUUUGUCUUAUUUAUUUUUUAGAGGUUCCAUCACUUGGAUACAUCUACCAGGACGCUAGUGGGCGUCAUCUGAAGGUGUGCAGGCUAAAUUUGGAGGAGAAAGAGCUGAGUUUGGAUUGGACCCAAGAGAACAUUGAGUCCGAAGCAUCUCUUCUAAUCCCCGUUCCUCAUUAUGGAGGUGUUAUUGUAGUUGGGCAGGAAUCCAUUUCGUACCAUAAAGCUGCCGGUGUCUACACAGCCGUGUCCCCAUUUUUAUUACAUAUGGCGGAGAUCUGUUGUUAUUGUUUGGUAGAUAAGAAUGGAGAGAGAUUGCUACUGGGUGAUAUCCACGGCCGGUUGUUCUUGUUGGUUCUGCAUACGAGAGAACAGGAUAAUGGAAUCGCUGAGGUUUCGGAUAUCAAGGUAAGUGUUUUGCAAUUUUUUUUGUACAUUUUAGGUACAAUUACUUGGAGAGAUCUCGAUCCCUGAAUGUGUCGUAUAUCUGGACAACUCUGUUAUCUUUGUUGGAUCAAGAAUGGGUGAUAGUCAGCUCAUUAAGAUCUUGCCAGAAGCUUUGGACAAUCAGCCGACUUCUUUUAUCGAAGUUUUGGAUUCUUUCCCAAAUCUUGGUCCAAUAAGAGAUCUGAUUGUGAUCAACAGUGAUGGGCAAAAGCAAGUAGUGACCUGUUCUGGUGGAUUCAAAGAGGGAUCUCUAAGGAUUGUCAGAAGUGGUAUAGGGAUCGAUGAACAAGCCACAGUUGAUCUGCCUCGCAUCACCAAUCUUUUUACUCUCAGAUUCAACUCCAAUUUCGAUAAUUAUUUGGUCGUUUCUUUUUCGGAUGUCACCCAUUUAUUUAAAAUUGACGGAGAAGACCUCGAGGAUACUAAGAUUGAAGGUAAGAUUUGUUAAUGCAAUACCAUCUCGAUUUAGGAUUUGAAUUGAAUAAGUCGACCAUAUUUGCGGGUGUUUUAUUUGAUGGGAGCAUUAUCCAGAUAUUCGAAGACACACUGAACUUGAUUGGAAGAGAUGGCAGCUGUCUCUGUAAAGAGCCUUUCGAAGAUCUUACACUUUGUGAUGUAAAUUUACGCUCGGGUCAAGUGUUGGUUUCAAGCAGAAAUACUUUGUUCUAUUACAAAGUAGAGAACAAUAAGUUUUCCAAGGUGUCCAGUGUUGACUGUGAACGUCAGAUAUCCUGUUUGGCUUUGUCUAGCAUCGGUGAGUUUAAUUUCAUGAUAGGAAAUUAAGCAUUUUCUUAGAAGAAGACGCCCCCAGUAAUGUUUGUGUGGUUGGAUUCUGGGUCGGAAACCUGGUUUCUAUGUUCACAAUGGACAAUGACACCUUAACUAAAGUUCGCGACUGCAAUCUUCCUGGAAAAGUACUCCCUCGUUCCAUUCUGUUGACCAAAAUGGACAAUGUGAUCUAUCUUUUGGUGGCUCUUGGAGAUGGAACUUUGUUUUAUUAUAGCGUGGAUCCUGUGACUGGUGAAACGGCCGAUGUAAAGAAGGCUACAUUGGGAACACAACCAUCUAGACUCAGGAAAUUCCUUGCUCGGAAUGUUGUGAAUGUGUUCGCUUGCUCUGACCGACCAGCUGUUAUUUACAGCUCCAAUCAGAAGCUGAUCUUUAGCAAUGUUAACUUGAAGAUGGUCACUCAGAUGUGCCCGUUGAAUGCAGAGGCUUAUCCCAACAGUCUGGUUCUCUCUGAUGGGGAAAGAAUGUUUAUUGGUGAGUUUAGGAUUACUUCUGGCAUUCGUUAUUAGGUGUCAUUGAUGAUAUUCAGAAGUUGCACAUUCGCUCUGUGCCCUUGGGCGAGAGUGUGAGUAGAAUUGCCUAUCAAUCAGAAACAAAUUCUAUUGCUAUUCUAACCCAAAGAACGGAGGUAGGAAUUCUUAUGAAGACAUCAGUUUGGUAUCUUAGAGAAUCCUCCCCAAUGGAGAUCGCCAAGUCAGAAACUCGGCUCCUAUGAUGUGUGCCAAUAGAACAACCCAAGCUCCGAUGACUGGUUCCAUUGUGACAUCAUCGAACGAGGAAGAAAUGGAUGCCGUGCAAAUCCAUUCCCUCUGUCUUCUCGACGUUAAUACCUUCGAGAUCCUUCAUGUAAUUGAGAUGCCCAGUUGUGAAUUCCUGGUAUCGGUUGCUUCGGUUAAGCUGGGAAAUUGCGAAAAACCUUUCUUUGUUGUUGGAACUGCCAUCUUCUCUCCUUCGGAGCCCGAAUGUAAACAAGUGAGUAUUGUUUAAUAUCACUUUUAUUUUGAUUUUAGGGACGGAUUCUGGUCUAUGCCAUUGAUGAGCAAAAGUUACGCUUAGUGAAUGAUAAAGAAGUAAAGGGCGCUGUCUUCUCCAUCUCCACCCUCAAUAAUAAGCUGAUCUGCUCCAUUAACAGUUCGGUCCGUCUGUUUGAAUGGACUCCUGAAAAUGAAUUGAGAUUGGAGUGCUCUUCUUUCAACUUCAUCACAGCUCUCUACUUGAAGACAAAGGGCGAUUUGGUUCUUGUUGGGGACAUUAUGAGAUCGAUGACCUUACUCACUUACAAAUCUCUUGACUCACAAUUGGAAGAAGUCGCCAGGGAUUACAAUGCAGAAUGGACAACCGCGGUUGAGAUCAUUGACUCCGACACAAUGAUUGCUGCCGAGAAUGCUUAUAAUCUUUAUGUUGUUCAUAAAGAGGUCCAUCCAGAGUCUGAUGACGAGAGAACGAAAUUUCAACAAACUGGCUACUGGUAUCUGGGAGAGAAUGUAAACGUGUUCAGAAGAGGAUCUCUGCUCACUUCCAACAUGGAUCCGAGUACUUCCUAUUCGAAUCCGGUCCUGUUUGGAACAGCUGAUGGGAGUCUUGGAGUAAUUGUCCAACUGAAAGAAGACGUAUUCCAAUAUGUACAGGCCCUCCAGAAGGCCAUCACGAACAAUGUCACUAACUGUACUCGAAUUGCUUACGACAAUUUCAGGAAUUUUAAUAACGAGAAGAAGGUUGAGAAGCACUGCGGAUUUGUAGAUGGAGAUCUGAUCGAAGGAUUGGCGGAUAUGCAUAGAGAGAAGUUAAAUACUGUCGCCAAAGACAUGGUCGAAAUUUAUAAACGUGAGUUCACGGUCUAAUUUACCCUUCUUUUAGAUGAAACAACGGCUGAUGACAUCCUCCGGUUAGUCGAAGAUCUGUCCCGAUUGCAUUAG